AUGCGUCUCAUCACUAUACUCGUCGGCGCCCUGGCCGUAUGGAGCGCACAGGGACUUCGUAUUCUUCACACCAACGAUGAUGGCUGGGCUGAUUUGUCUAUCCGACUUUUCUACGAUACGAUUGUACAGGCUGGGCACGACGCCAUACUUUCAGCUCCAGCCAUAGAUCAGUCAAGCAAAGGCUCCUUGGAUGAAGAGCCCGAGCCCAGGAUGACAAGGUGCCAAUUUGAUACUUGCGAUCCUUGUCCGGAGCAUCUGCUAUACGGUACCAAUGUAAGCGACCCGUCUGGGCGGCUCAACUGGGUCAACUCAUACCCUGUCACAGCAGCCCGCUACGGUUUGGACCAAUUCGCCCCUCGAAUAUGGCAGAAUCAAUCGGCUGAUCUGGUGCUCGUGGGGCCUAAUAACGGUCCCAACGUAGCGUCUCUCACCGAGGUAUCUGGCACCGUAGGAGUCGCCCAGUAUACUGCUCGGCGUGGCAUCCCUACAAUUGCCUUUUCGGGUGCGGCUUGGGGCGUUAUGCGAUACGACAAACCGCCUACAUACCGCCACAGUCUCUAUAAUGAUAUGGCCUAUCAGUUUACCCAGGCCUUGCUAACAGGCGGAAAGCCGUACAUGCCGCAAAACACCUUUCUCAAUGUGAAUUUUCCAAAUUGGCAAAACAACGACUGCAACGAGACGAGCAAGUGGGAAUGGUUCUUGACCCGCCUUGAUACGGAUAGAGAAGGGAACAUGGCCGACUGGGAGUACUGCGGUACGGACCAAAACUUUCUCCAGUUUGACACGCAUUGUUCCAUCACUAUCACUCUGCUCGAGGCAACCAGCAAGAAGAAUGCUGGAGUUGAAGAGCAGAGGUUUAUGCGUAAUAGGUUGAAGAACAUGUUAGCAUGUCCUCCAAGUUGA